GGCGGGGGGCGGCCGCCGUUACGGCGUGGGCGUGGUCACGUGGCCGCCGGCCCCCGCGGCCCUCACCCCCCGCCCUGUUCCCUCUCUGGUCGGGUCAGGCGCGGCCGGCCCUGCGAGCGCCCGGCAGAGGCUGAGGGAGAGAAAGAGAGGAGGGGAGGAGGACUCAGGGCGUAGGAGCCGGGGAGCCCUCCCGCGCCACAGAAAAUUUCCAGAGACUUGGUGAAGAUAGGAAAGCUGUCAAAAAGACCAUAGGACUAUUGGAGCCAUUACUGGUCAACCAGAGUUACCAUGUGAGAAAACCUAUCUCCUGUUGCUGGAAUAGAGAGUUUGGGAUGCGUACUGAAAGUUCUGCAUCUUCUCUCCUCAUGAGUAGCAUUUGAUGUAACCCAAGAUAAAGAGAUUGACUGUCUUAGAAUGGUAUCUGCUGUUUAUCCUGAAGCUCAGCUGAGGUGGAGCUUAGCUGAUCUGUUUCUUGACUGUUUACUUCCUGUUGGCCAACCAAGACUUUUUUUGGAGAAUUCUAUUGUACAGAGCCUGAUGUCAUCUGUGGGCCAUAACAGGAGCAUGCAUUUGCAAGUGUCAGUUAGAUUUGUGGAUCAAUAAAGUUUUCCUGAAAGGUAGGCACUUUUGGUGACAUUGUCCAGUUCUCAUGAUGUAUCAUUCCUUGUCUGAAACUAGACAUCCUCUGCAGCCAGAAGAACAAGAAGUGGGCACUGACCCCUUGUCGAGUUACUCAAACAAGCCUGGAGGAGAUUCAAAUCAAAAUGGAAGAAGAACAAGUUCUUUAGACUCUGAUGGGACUUUUAAUUCCUAUAGGAAAGAAUGGGAAGAACUAUUUGUAAACAACAAUUACUUGGCAACAAUAAGGCAGAAGGGGAUUAAUGGGCAGCUGAGAAGCAGCAGGUUCCGCAGCAUUUGCUGGAAGCUUUUUCUUUGUGUUCUUCCUCAAGAUAAAAGUCAGUGGAUAAGUAAAAUUGAAGAACUAAGAGCAUGGUAUAGCAGCGUUAAAGAAAUACACAUCACAAACCCUAGGAAGGUUGUUGGGCAGCAAGACUUGAUGAUCAAUAACCCCCUUUCCCAGGACGAAGGGAGUCUUUGGAACAAAUUCUUCCAGGAUAAAGAACUUCGGUCAAUGAUUGAACAAGACGUCAAAAGAACGUUUCCUGAAAUGCAGUUUUUCCAACAAGAAAGUGUGAGAAAAAUUCUUACAGAUGUUCUUUUCUGUUAUGCUAGAGAAAACGAGCAGUUGCUUUAUAAACAGGGGAUGCACGAGCUGCUGGCUCCUAUCGUCUUCACCCUCCACUGCGACCACCAGGCCUUUCUCCAUGCCAGUGAGUCUGCGCAGCCAAGUGAGGAAAUGAAAACUCUCCUGAACCCUGAAUAUCUGGAACAUGAUGCCUAUGCCAUGUUCUCACAGCUUAUGGAAACUGCUGAACCUUGGUUUUCCACUUUUGAGCAUGAUGGUCAAAAGGGGAAAGAAACCCUGAUGCCUCCUAUCCCCUUUGCUAGACCACAGGAUUUGGGGCCAACAAUUGCUAUUGUUACUAAAGUCAACCAGAUCCAGGAUCAGCUACUGAAGAAGCAUGAUAUUGAGCUUUACAUGCACCUGAACAGACUAGAAAUUGCACCACAGAUAUAUGGGUUGCGGUGGGUGCGGUUGCUGUUUGGACGAGAGUUCCCCCUGCAGGACCUCCUGGUCGUCUGGGAUGCCCUGUUCGCUGAUGGCCUCACCCUGACUUUGGUUGACUACGUCUUCGUGGCCAUGUUGCUCUACAUCCGAGAUGCUUUGAUCUCCAGUAACUACCAGACCUGUCUUGGCCUUCUAAUGCAUUACCCGCUCAUCGGGGAUGUUCACUCACUGAUCCUUAAGGCUCUGUUCCUUCGUGACCCAAAGAGAAAUCCAAGACCAGUGACUUAUCAAUUCCAUCCAAAUUUAGAUUAUUACAAAGCCCGAGGAGCAGAUCUCAUGAAUAAAAGCCGGACCAAUGCCAAAGGCGCUCCCCUAAAUAUAAAUAAGGUCUCAAACAGCCUGAUUAACUUCGGAAGGAAGCUGAUUUCUCCCGCGGUGGCCCCGGGCGGUGCUGGCGGCCCCAUGGCAGCGGGCAGUGGCGGCGCCCCCUCCCCGGCCGCGGCUCCCACCAAGACCUUUGCGGAAGCCCCCAGGCACGCUCUGCAGCAGCAGCAGCAGAGGCUGAUGAAAUCGGAAAGCAUGCCCGUGCAGCUGAACAAAGGACAAAGUUCUAAAAACAUCAGUUCCUCUCCGAGCAUUGAGAGUUUGCCUGGAGGGAGAGAGUUCACCGGCUCCCCACCUUCAUCUGCUGCUAAGAAAGAUUCCUUUUUCAGCAACAUCUCCCGAUCGCGCUCACACAGCAAAACUAUGGGCAGAAAAGAAUCUGAAGAAGAAUUAGAAGCCCAAAUUUCCUUCCUUCAAGGACAGUUGAAUGACCUGGAUGCCAUGUGCAAAUAUUGUGCGAAGGUGAUGGACACUCAUCUUGUAAAUAUUCAAGAUGUGAUAUUACAAGAAAAUUUGGAGAAAGAGGAUCAGAUUCUGGUUUCCCUGGCCGGACUGAAGCAGAUCAAAGACAUCCUGAAGGGCUCCCUGCGUUUCAACCAGAGCCAGCUGGAGGCCGAGGACAACGAGCAGAUCAGCAUCGCAGACGACCACUACUGCUCCAGUGGCGGCGCCCAGCAGGCCCCGCCAGCAGCCCCAGGGCGCCGGGAGCGGCCAGGCGCGGACGACUUUGUCCUGGUCUCCAAGGACGGCGAGGAGCGCGGCGCCGGGCCCAGCCCAGCGGUCCAGGCCCAGCCGCUGCGGCCGCUCCGGGGCGCCACCCGUCCGGCGCUAGUGUUCUCCGACCCGCUGACCGGCCCAGCCUCCGCCUCCUCCAGCAACCCCAGCUCCAGCCCCGACGACGACAGCAGCGGCCACAGCAAGGACUCGGGCUUCACCAUCGUGAGCCCCUUGGACCUCUGACGGCCGCCUGGCCGCCCCGGGGACACGCCCCCGGGAGAAGCCCCUGCCCGCACCCAGGCCGUGUGCAGCCCUCCGGGCGGCGAGGAGAGGCGGGGCCGCGGGCAGGAGGGGACCUGACGGGCUCUGAGAUGCAGCCGCUUCCCCGCAGCCC